ACUUCCCUCUCACGAUUUGACCACACUCUUACACGCGGAAUCUUUCUGGAACCUCACACAAACACCACUCUGCCGCUCCGAGACCCGCGACACAGCUGCAUCUUACCCACAUUCUACCCACAUUCUACCCACACUCUACCCACACUCUACCCACAUUCACAAUGGCAAAGACGGCAAAGCUCAAGAAGAAGCAGGUCGCGCCGCACUCCCGCGCCGCCCGCCGCGCCGCCUCACCCUCCAUCAACCUGUCCAAAGACCUCAAACCCGCGACACGAGACUCGCCCUCGCCCUCGCGACCCUCAGAAGCAAAGCACCACGUCCUCUCCGCGCAAAACGCCGGCAUCUCCAAAAAGAAAGGCGGCAGCCUCAAGCGCGCACAGCGUGUCCGCGCACAGAAAGCUAUGGAGCGCGCCGCAGACGAUAUGGACAAGUGGGAGCUGAAGAAAGCGAAGAGCAUACAGAAAGCUGCGUCGAUCAAGGACAGGGCGAAGGUAUGGGAUGAUAUCAACGGCGACAGCAAGGGGCGGCAGAAGAGCGCUUUUGCGGCGCUGGCGGAGGAGAGGGAGGAGAGGGAGAGGGUGCGUGCGUGGGGCGGUGAGGAGGAGAUGGGUGAGGCUGCGAAAGAGGGCGCGGCCAAGAGUCAAGGGGAGCUGGGUGACGAUAAGGCGCCGACGAGUGUUGCUGCGCCUGUGGAAGAGGAUGAGCUGUUGUGAAGCAGUGGGUGAGAUGGAAGACAGAAAAUACUUCACGCCACCGGCAGACCGUGCUUGAGGGCAGCCCAACGAGCACUAUGCUGCAAGAAUCUAGAUACCCGUCCUUUGUGGCUGCAAUGAG